AUGCUGCACCCGUUUGCUCGUCGACUCCAGAAGGAGUAUAAAACGCUCUCUCGCAACCCACUCCCAAAAGUUACUAUGCUCUCCGAGAGCGACAUGACCAACUACAAAUUUGAAAUGGCCAUCGACAACGACAUAUACGCUGGCCAAAAAUAUCUUCUCCAGGUCAAUAUCGAGAACGAUUAUCCCGUUGACCCGCCCAUUGUGCGUUUUGGACGAUCUGAUGACUACGUUGUUCCCCUCCAUCCUCACAUUUACUCAAACGGCCACAUUUGCCUAAACAUCCUUGGGAAAGACUGGACUCCGGCGUGCUCUGUGGAAAGCAUUGUUUUAAGUAUUCAAAGCAUGCUUUACAACAAUGAGCUCGAAGAAAGACCGCCAGAUGAUGAUCGCUAUGUGGCCCUGGCGCCUAAAAACCCCAAACACACACUAUUUGCCUAUCAUGACGACAAUGUGUAA